AUGGCCAAGAAAAAUCGUGCCCGCUCAAGUAAAUGGACUAGCUUGAUCAGCAGUGAUGCAGCUCCUUCAGAAACAGAUGCGCUGCUUGCCAGCUCUGGACCCGAGGUGGCUGAGACUGCCGAUUCGCUGUUGCCGCAGCCUUCUGGAGAGACAAUCAUCAACUAUGCCCCAUCUUCAUCCAUUGGAGAUGACGAUGACGCCCGAUUACUGGCACAAAUUGGAUACAAACAAGAACUUCAAAGAGAAUUCACCAAAUGGAGCACAGUAUCGUACGCCAUAUCAAUUUUGGGUGUCUUCGGAUCUCAACCGGCAACAUAUGGGGUCCCUAUCACAGUUGGGGGACCAGCAACGGCAGUUUGGGCAUGGGCCAUUGGAUCCGUGAUGGCGUAUAUCAUCGCGACUUCAGUAUCUGAGCUGGUCUCCGCAUAUCCCACUGCAGGUGGGAUGUACUUUGUAACCAAGCACGUCGUACCGAAAGAGCACGUUGCGAUCUGGUCGUGGAUAAUAGGAUGGUGCAAUUUCCUGGGUCAAGCAACUGGAGUGGCUUCACUUGCCUACACUAUCGGGCAGAUGAUCCUAGCAGGAGUCAGUAUGAACACUGGCUACGCGGAGGGAAGCUACACUUACAGACCUACUGCCUUUAUGRCAGUUGUAGUUGCCAUAGCCACCCUCUUCGUUUUUGGUGCCAUUUGCUCGCUCACAACGAAAGGCCUCAACCGGAUCGUCAUAUGGUUCGCACCCAUCAACAUUCUGGCUACAAUUGGAGUGUGCAUCGCGCUCUUGUACUAUACAGAAGACAAACGCAGUGCAAGCUUCGUCUUCACCGAUAUCAGAGAUGGCUCAGGUUGGGGCAACAAGGGAUUCUCAUUCCUCCUAGGCUUCCUCAACGUCGCCUGGGUCAUGACGGAUUACGACGCCACCACGCACAUGUCAGAAGAGACCAUUGACGCAGCAAUACGAGGUCYCAAAGCCAUCAAACAUGCUGUGAURAUAUCCGGUAUUCUCGGCUUCCUCCUCAACGUUACAUUUACAUUCUGCUUGACGGAGACGUACAUGGACGACAUUGUCGGAUCGCCAACCGGUCUCCCAGUUGCACAGAUCUUCUUAAACGCCGUGGGCAAGAAUUGGGGCACAUUCAUGCUAAGCCUUGUCAUCCUGGUCCAGUUCUUCACAGGCGCAUCAGCAAUGCUCGCCAAUGCCCGCAUGACAUAUGCAUUUGCCCGAGAUGAAGCCCUACCUUUCUCAGACACCUGGAGCAAAAUUAACACGCGUACCGGAACCCCCGUCAAUGCAGWCUGGGGAGUCGUAGGAUUCUGCGCGUGUCUCAACCUCAUCGGUCUGGGAUCUACGCAAACCAUCACCGCCAUCUUCAACCUCUGCGCGCCAUGUCUGGAUCUCAGCUACAUCGCCGUCAUCGUCGCUCGGUUGUGGUACGUGGAUUUCAAGAAGCGCGUGGUGAUCAGAGCCGGACCAUACGUGCCACGUUAUAAUCGAGUUUGGAGAAAUCUCAUUGCCGUCGCUUGGGUGGCGUUCAUCAGCGUCGUGCUGUUCUGUCCGACGACGUACCCAGUCACGGCCACGAAUAUGAACUACGCGGUGGUGGUUGGAGGAAGUGUGGCUCUUUUCGCGCKGAGCUGGUGGUGGUUGGGAGCCAGGGAAAAGUAUACUGGUCCACGAACUCAGGAGCUCCCUAUCAAGCCGAUACCUGAUGAUUCAGAAGCACAGCCUCGAAAAUGGGCUGCUCAAGUAUCGUCCGAGUCAUCCCUCGCGAGGGAGUCAAGUCCACAUAGUCCUCCCAACUACAGCACGAUGGCGAGCAAUUAG